AUGGUCAAUCUGGGGCUGAUAUAUCUCAACGGGAAGCGAGAUACCGCCGACGAGGGCCGGGCGUGGAUUGAAUCUCGCACCGGGGAAAUCGUGAACAUGGAUCGAUUGAUCACCAUGAAGCUUCCGUGGACCCGAGUUGAGUCCGUCAGGGACUUCUUAGCCGUCCCUAAGCUCCCCGCUCGCCCUAUUGUGGAACGCAAUAUUGCUGCAUACUGUUCAUCAUAUCAGAGCCUCGUGUUCCCGGUGAUCAGUCAAUCACUCUUCACCGAAACGCUGGAUCUCGCGUACGGAAGCCACGGCCCUGGCGUAGACAGUGCCAAGGCCUGCGUCUAUGCAUUCCUGUCGGUGGUGGCGAUAUUUGGCCUGGAGAAGGACCUGGGCGAUGCGCUGGAUUGUGAAACGUAUGCCUUGGCGUCCCAGAGCUUCACCGUACAGAUCAUCAACGAAAUGACUGUAGACGGCCUUCGAGCGCUUGUAAUGCUUACGCAGCACCAUUACUUCCUGGGGGAUUUGCAAAGGGCGGCAGUCUCCGUGUCGAUGGCCAGCCGCCUAGUCUUCAAGCUUGGGGCGCAUGAGGGAGCGGGCCCCACAGUCUACGACAGGAGCCUACCAGAAUGCCACUUGCGCGAUCUUUUCUGGCUGUGCUACUCUUUCGAUCAGGAUAUUUGCCUCCGAACUGGACAGCCACCGUCGACAGCCGGGGUGUUUUGCUCCCUGGACCUUCCGACGAACUACGCCCAGCUCCAGGACACCAACCUGCAGCACCCCGAGCAGACUUUGACGGUCACGGAUGCCACGCUCCCUCUCUAUCCCUGGGACCUUCGUCUCUCUCGGCUCAAAGCCGAGAUCUACGAGGCGCUCUAUUCGACGACCGCGUGCCAGCGAUCCAACUCGGAGCUCGUCGCCCGAAUCCGUAGCCUGGACCAGGCCUUGGAACACUGGCGCAUAAGCCUAGCUCGGGAAAUCCGGCCGACGCUGCAUUUCUCCGUCGGGAUGUCCGUCGACGGUAAGCUGAAUACCCAGGCAGUGAUGCUGCGACUGGCAUAUUACCACUGCGUCACGAUCAUCCAUCAAGCCACCGAGCGGCAUCAUGAUGAGCCCGGGAUAUGCUCGAGUUUGAGUCUCGCCAUUCGGGCCAGCCGGUCCAGUCUGGCCUUCCUCCAGACCGCACUGCCCGUGGUCAAAGGCGAAUGCUUCUGGGUGAUCAUAUUUUACGCGAUCACUUCCAUCCUGACACUCUUUCGCAACAUCCUCAAGAACCCACUGGAUCCGGACAUGGCGGAUCUUGUGGCUGUGCUGCAGGGUGUUCCGCAUCUGAUCCGCGAGAUUCCCAUCCGGACGCUUACUGUGGGCCCGAUGAUUCAUCUCAGGUUCCUCAACAAUUUCGCGACUGAGCUUGCGAGGCUCGCUACAUGCGCUAUAGCCAAAGCUGAGCGUGAGGUUGCCACAUCGUCGGUCGCAAGCCACGAACUUCCUGGACCGUGA